AUGAUUAACGAUCUCACAGUCAAAUCCCCGCUUAUAGCAGAUCAUUGGAAGUUUGUCGAUGAUGUGACAUUGUCAGAAAGACUGAAUCAAUUUCCGUUUUAUACUGUUUCAUCAUGGGCGAAAGAUAACAACAUGAAUCUCAACCCCAAGGAAUGCAAAGACAUGGUGGUUAGCCCACUAAAGCAUACGCCUGAUUUAGCACUCCUGUUGCUAAAAGAAGUUCCAUUAGAUAAAAUAGUAUGUCACAAAGUACUUCGCAUGACCAUAAUGGGAAAUUUAAAGUGGAAUAAAAACCAAUGA